GCCUUUUCAAGGGCGUCAAACAAGUGGCAGAAGACGAAGCUAUUAGUAGUUCGCACGUUCUUGUGGUUGAACACAGUUGACAACUCAAAUCCGGCUGGCUAAGUCCACGUAGCAAUAUUUACGAGAAAAUUUGUCAAAAUUUCAUCUCGUUUUUCUUACAUCUGGACAGAACUAGACUACAUUUCUGAUGUCGCUGCUUAUAUCAAGAGAGCGAAUUGUGAUCGACGAAGUACACGGAUUGAUGCGCCUUCGUGCACUCAUCGAUGAAUCGACUUUGGAACAACCGAUAAGUGAAGAACUCUUGCUGUGUUUCCUACGGGCGCGAAAAUUCAACGUAGAGCGAGCCUUCAAAUCGCUCAAGAAUUAUUUGAAAAUGGUGAAAAACUAUCCUGAAUUAUUGGCUAACUUGUCAGUAUCAAAAUUACGUCCUCAACUGAAAGAACAGCUACAGAUUGUUUAUAAAUCCAAGGAUAAACUCGGCCGUCGCAUUUUCAUAUUCCGAGCAGGACGAUGGAAUCCGAACAAAUUAUCCCUCGACGACAUUUUCCGCUGCAACGUCUUUUGCCUCCAGCAGCUCGCUUCGAAUUUCGAUGUUCAGAUAAACGGAAUUGUUGCCAUUGUUGAUCUCCAAAAUUUAAGCCUCCAUCAGGCAAGGCAUUUUACGCCCGGCUAUGCAAGGAAAAUCGCUGAUCUGUUGACAGAAGCCUUUCCGUUGAGCUUUCAAACCAUCCACAUCGUAAAUCAAAAUUGGAUCGUCGACAUGCUAAUGUCGAUUAUUUGGCCUUUCCUAUCAGCAAAAAUCCAAAAACGAGUUUUAUACCAUGGAUCUUGCUGGGCUUCCUUACACGAAUAUGUCGAUGCGGCAGAUUUGCCGGAGGAUUAUGGUGGUUUUCGGGAGCAGUUGGAUUGCUUUAAAUUUUCCGAAACUGCAACGAAUGAAGAAACUUGCAGUUUAUUCAACUUGAACUGAACUUGUCAUUGAAUCACAUACGUACCAAUUUGCAUGUUUUUUGUUUUCCUUUUUGGGCUAGCACGUCAACUGUAAACUUCACUGGUGCACAUGAAUAAAACGAGCGGGGCGUGAACU